AAAAGCGAGAAAAGCCGACAAAACCCGUUCUCUCAGUAGGGGACACCUUGUUUGUUGCCGCGGCCCUCAUCCAGCGCCAGUGAAGGAGUUUUCCAGCUAAAGAAGACGGGUCGGAUUUUCAGAACCAACUAGAAAGUCCAGUUCGACCGACAGAGAUGUCACAGGAUGACAAUAAGCGAGCAGUCUUGGUUCUGCAGAACAAGCAGGGCUAUGGAGGCCAGCGUCGCUCCUUCACCACAGAAGACGAAGCCUGGAAGUCGUUUUUGGAGAACCCGCUGACCGCCGCUACCAAGGCCAUGAUGAGCAUCAAUGGAGACGAGGACAGUGCUGCAGCCCUGGGCUUCCUCUAUGACUAUUAUGAGGUGCCCAGGGACAAGAGAACAAUACAGCCCAAGACUGAGUCUCUGGUCUCUGAUGUGGAUCCAAACAAAAGGCUCCAGAUCCAGCCCAGACAUCCCAUAGUUCCCCUCCAGGAAGCCAGUAUGGAGAACAGGAUCCAGGUCCUCAAGACACCCGUCAAUAUCCACCUGACGCAGGACAAGAGGACGCACUUCCCUUCACCAGAUACGACUGUCACCGUUUCAAUCGCCACAGUGCCAAACUACCCGGUCAAGACAGAAGUGCCCACCCACGGUUUCUCUGUGACCGUGCCAAACAACUGCAACGAAACUGACGGCCAUGUUGGUGUCUUCAACCGCCACCUCACCCCCAGCGCGGUCCAGUGCAGCCCCGGCGCCCAGUCCCGCACGCCACCGGACUCCACCUUCUCAGAGGGAUUCAAGGACGGUUCCCAGGAGAUGUUUUCCUUCCCGGGAGAUCUCCAGUUACGAAUGGCCUCCAUGACGCCUGAGGACUACAAUCAGUUUGGCACAGCGCCGGGGAGUAAUUUUGAGUACUCCCUUGAGGCGUCAAAGUCUCUGCGUCAGAAAACGGGCGACGGGACGAUGACGUACCUCAACAAGGGACAGUUUUACCCGAUCACCCUCAGGGAAGUCGACAACAAAGGCAUCCAGCAACCCAUCACCAAAGUCAGGAGUGUGGUGAUGGUGGUGUUUGGGGAAGAAAAGUGCAGAGAUGAUCAGCUGAAACACUGGAAGUACUGGCACUCCAGGCAGCACACGGCUAAACAGAGGUGCCUCGACAUCGCUGACUACAAGGAGAGCUUCAACACCAUCGGCAACAUUGAGGAGAUUUCCUAUAACGCCAUUUCCUUCACCUGGGACACAAACGAAGAGGCAAAAAUCUUCAUUUCUGUGAACUGUCUGAGCACAGACUUCUCCUCUCAGAAGGGGGUGAAGGGCCUUCCCCUAAACCUGCAGAUCGACACUUAUAGUUACAACAACCGCAGCAACAAACCCAUCCACCGCGCUUACUGCCAGAUCAAAGUGUUCUGUGACAAGGGGGCGGAGAGGAAGAUCCGGGAUGAGGAGAGGAAACAGUCCCGCCGGAAAGGGAAGGUGUUGGAUCUCAACCCUAGCCUUCAGUUUCCAGACGUGAAAGUCCCCCUCCUCCAGAAGCGAAACGAUGUGACCAUCUUCAAAACGAUGUCCGACCUUGAGACCCAGCCGGUCCUCUUCAUCCCUGACAUCCACUUCUCGAACUUCCAGCGCCAUGCUUUCACAACAGAGGAGGGAGAAGACAGCUCAAGUAUGAGGAGAUUACCCUUCAGCGAUGAUGAGUUUGGUUCACCCCCGAACAAGGUGGCGCGAGUGGACGAGCCCAAGAAAGUCCUUCUGUACGUGCGCAAGGAAACUGAGGAGGUGUUUGAUGCCCUCAUGCUGAAGAAUCCCACGCUGCAAGGCCUGGUGGAAGCUAUUUCAGAGAAGUAUGAGCUGCCUCUGGAGAAGGUUGGAAAGGUCUACAAGAAGUGCAAGAAAGGUAUUCUAGUUCACAUGGACGACAACAUCAUCAAGCAUUACUCCAACGAGGACACCUUCCAGAUCAGCAUGGAGGAGCUUGGUGGUAUUUACAAACUGACCCUCACUGAGAUCUGAUUGGAGGAUCCAAGCAGUGAUGCAAAACAACUGGAUCUGUCAGGUUUACACUUGUGAUGGUGGACUUGGUCUGAAACUUAAGUAAUCUGCUGUAUGGUGUCAAAAAAAGUCCUCAGAAAGUCCAAAAAUUAGGUCAAAGUCAGAGCUUUUAAAAAAAUAACUUUGCGAUGUAAGUUAUACAUGUCUUUAAAUGUAAAGCUACUUUUCUGUGCACAGAAGCUGACAAACAAGGAUGUAUUUUUGUGUUUAGUGAAAUUAUGAGCUGUAACUCGGAUGUUGUUGCCUUCUUUUGCAAAUUCAGGGUUGCAGGGCAGUCGUGGAGCUGCUUUACCUCAAGCUGCAUCUUUAUUCAUAGGUCAGAAUUUUAUUUAGAAAAAUGAACACUUUUUUCCUCUAUAAAGCCAUAGCACUGAUGCUUGCAGUCUGCAACAUGGAAUAUUUCGCACUCAAAAAAGAUGAUGGUGAAUUGCUAAUGGAGCCUUGUGGGUUCUGUGUGUUAAUACUAAACAGUAUGGCAGUAUUGGUGGUAAAAUACUGUAUAAAUGUGUGUUUUAAGCCUGUGAUGCAGUUAAAUUGAACAUCAUGUGUUCUUUCUUUUAGAAAACUAAGUAUACAUUAAACUAAGAUGCUCUUUGUAAGUAUUAAAUGUUUGUUGUUGGUGAAAAUGGCCACCGGUUUUUGUUUUUGUUGUGUGAAUGUUAGGCUAGCUCCGUGAACAUCCAGGACUGUGCAUGAAGUCCCUGCAGUGCAAUAAUUACCGCUCAGGCACACUCACAAGUUGGUUUGUUCUGUCUGCCAUAAACAAUCCUGCUGAACCAUUUUUUUUAUUUGAUGUAAAUAUUCACUGGAAAUGGAUUCCUAUCAUCCCACCCCCUUUUGUAUCUCUUAUUGUGUAUAUAUUUAUUACCAUAAAGGAUAUGGGUCUCUGAAUAUGUAACGAACUUUCUAAUACUAUAUUAAAAUGUAUGUUUGAAGUUAUUCUAACAUCACAUCUAGGAUGAAAGUGCUCAAUAAAGCGUCACUCAUGUGUAUGAUCAGAAA